AGCAUUGCAGGUUUGGGUGGGAGUUGUUUGUUUUGUAAGAUAAGAGUGUGAACCUUGACCAUCCAUUAAGGAGAUAACCCAAUAGCUCCUAGGUGUAAACCAGAGAGAAAGAGAGAGAGAGAAGAAGAGGAAGACGACAAAAACGACAACGAGGAAUAAGACUUAGUGUGGAACACAGCCACCAGCAACAUGAAGGUUCUUGUUCUCCUGCUAGCCCUGCUUCCGUUCUCUCUCGGUUCUGAUAUGUACCUGCCGCUGGACUGUGCUGACAUCCAUAAGCAUGAAAGCAUCAAGCCCAGUGGGGUCUACAGCAUCUUCCCUGGGGGGCCCACUGCCCCACUGCAGGUCUACUGUGACAUGGAGACCGACGGGGGAGGCUGGACAGUGUUCCAGAAAAGGAUGGAUGGAUCAGUAAACUUCUACAGGCCUUGGGAUCACUACAAGAGAGGCUUUGGUGAUCUAACUGGUGAAUACUGGCUGGGCCUGGAAAACAUUGUUCUCCUGACCCUGAGGAAGAAGAAUGAGCUGAGAGUGGACAUGGCGGACUGGGAGGGGGUGGAGGCCAACGCCCAUUAUGCCUCCUUCUCGGUGGACCCAGAGCAAUUUGACUACACAUUACACCUGGGGGCUUUCACCAGUGGUAGUGCAGGUGAUUCGCUGAAGAACCACAAUGGAAUGAAGUUCACCACCUACGACAAAGAUAAGGACACCUGGGAGAAGAACUGCGCCAGUCACUUCAUGGGUGGCUUCUGGUACCUUAACUGCCAAUAUGCCAACCCCAACGGGCUCUACGUACCAGACUCAGGCUCUCCGCAUGGGCCCGUGUAUGUCAGCUGGGACACUUGGAAAGGAAACACGUACUCACUUAAGACAAUGACAAUGAAGAUGAGGCCGCUCUCACAGUGUAGCAGUUAGAUGUCUCUUUGUGUGUGUGUGUGUGUGUGUGUGUGUGUGUGUGUGUGUGUGUGUGUGUGUGUGUGUGUGUGUGUGUGUG